CUCUUUCGCUUUUUGCUUGAUAGCCUUACAUUAAGAGACAAAUAAACUCGUAGGAAAGUUAGAAUAGUGUAUAAAAUGACAACGGCUACAAAUAUUACUUGGCAUGCUGGCAGCGUUUCUUUAGAAGAACGUCAAAAACUAUUAAAGCAAAAGGGCUUCACCUUAUGGUUCACAGGACUUUCUGCUUCUGGUAAAUCUACUCUAGCCACUGCAUUAGAACAAACACUUUUACACUCAGGUAUCAAUGCUUAUCGCUUGGAUGGAGAUAAUAUUCGUUUUGGUUUAAAUAAGAACUUGGGUUUUGGACCUGAAGACCGUACUGAAAAUAUUCGACGAAUUUCAGAGGUUGCCAAACUAUUCGCUGAUGCUACUGUAAUUGCUAUCACUGCUUUUAUCAGUCCUUAUGUUGCUGAUCGUCAAUCUGCUCGUCAACUUCACGAAGCUGCUGGUAUACCCUUUAUUGAAGUUUACGCCGAUGCUCCUUUAGAUGUUGUUGAGCAGCGUGAUCCCAAGGGAUUGUAUAAAAAGGCCAAAGCUGGUGAAAUUAAAGAGUUCACUGGUAUUUCUGCACCUUAUGAAGCACCUGAAAAUCCAGAAAUCCAUAUAAAAACACACGAAGUCUCAGUGGAAGAAGGUGUGCAAUCAAUUUUAAAUUACCUUGUCAAAAAUGGACUUGUUGCUGCAGAUAAACUAGAAUAGCCACAAGUUUGAAUAUGAAAGAUAUGUGUCAAUAAAACCUACUCUUCUUGUUUAAUAAUAGAAUCUACUUUGAAUAAUAAUGAUAGGGCAAAGAACAAUGUAAAUUUUAUGGCUACCAUUAGAUGCACACAAAGUCAAACUGGUCACACAAAAAUAAAAAGCAUAAAGCAAUAUCUUGCCCCUUAUUUCUUCCUUUUUUUUUUUUUUUCUUU